AUCCUCCCCACUAUCACAUUUAUCAUUCUUUAACCUUGAACCUAUCAGCGUUCCGUGACAUUCGCAAGGCCCCGUCUCAUUCACCUCCUCCUUUGGUGUCGUCUGAUACAGGGUUGGGGAAAAUGGUUAUGACUCCAUCAACGAAAAUGUUCCUCAGGACGGCAGCCAAUGUCCUGAACCGACGGGCCUUCUCAACCUCCAGGGUGACCUGCGCCCAGCAGAUGACGGUCCGAGAUGCUCUCAACCAAGCCCUGGAUGAAGAGAUGGAGCGAGAUGAGGGUGUUUUCAUCAUGGGAGAAGAAGUGGCCCAGUACGAUGGUGCUUACAAGGUAUCAAGAGGCCUUUGGAAAAAGUAUGGUGACAAGCGAGUCAUUGAUACACCCAUUACGGAAAUUGGUUUUGCAGGCAUUUGUACUGGAGCCGCAUUUGCUGGCUUGAAGCCUGUUUGCGAGUUCAUGACUUUCAAUUUCUCAAUGCAAGCCAUUGACCACAUUAUUAACUCAGCAGCCAAGACAUACUACAUGUCUGCUGGAAGGAUAUCCGUACCAAUUGUUUUCCGUGGCCCCAAUGGAGCCGCCGCUGGUGUUGGUGCCCAGCAUUCUCAGUGCUUCGGUGCGUGGUUUGCCCACUGUCCAGGUCUUAAAGUAAUUUCCCCCUACAAUUCUGAAGACUGCAAGGGUCUUUUAAAGGCCGCCAUCAGGGACCCUGACCCUGUAGUGUUCCUAGAAAAUGAGCUCCUAUAUGGUAAUCAGUACCCCAUGUCUGAUGAAGCAUUAUCGAAAGACUUUGUUCUGCCCAUUGGCAAAGCCAAAAUUGAGCGACCAGGUAACCACAUUACCCUGGUGGCACAUUCGAAGGCUGUGGAGUUGGCUCUGGAAGCUGCAAAUGAACUGGCUGGGCAGGGCAUUGAGUGCGAAGUUAUUAACCUAAGAUCUCUCCGACCCCUCGACACUCAGACCAUUGAGCAGUCUGUUGUGAAAACAAAUCAUCUGGUCACUGUUGAACAGGGAUGGCCAACCUGUGGAAUUGGUUCAGAAAUUUCUGCUCGCAUCAUGGAAAGUGAGGCAUUCUAUCACUUAGAUUCGCCAAUUGUUCGAGUGACCGGAAUGGAUCUGCCCAUGCCAUACACCAAAUCCUUGGAAGUAUAUGCCUUGCCCCGAGCAGAAGAUGUGGUAACUGCUGUUAAGAAAGUUCUUGGAGCCCGCUCUAAGUGAAAAUUGACUCAACCCUGAUCAAUCACCCUCUGUAGGCUGCAGUAGGUGUCAUCUAACUGCUCAAAGAUUUCCAUUAAAUUGUUGUAAAGCAAACUCAUCUCCAGGAGAGUUAUAAUAAUCUUGUAAAGUAAACAUUGCCUACUGUUCUAUCAAAGGCAAUGUAAAAGCAAGUCCGUACUGUUACUGAAUGCCAGAUUCUUUUAUCUGUAUAUAACUAGAUGCAAAUCAACCUAGUGGUACUAGUGAUUGGGCUUUUUUCUCAAUCAAGGCAAAUUAUGUUAAUUUAAAUUAUUUUAUCACGCCACUGCCACAGACUCACUCAACCCAGUGCAUAUUUUAGAGCUUAUUUUAUAUAAAUAUGAACAAAGAAAAUGUCAUUUGUUAUGAAACUCAGGAAUUCCAAAAAAUUGUUUCUCUCUUCUUAAAUAUUUGGCAAGCUUAAAAUAAAAAUGCAAAGUAUCUUAAAAUUGCAAGACUACAUUUGCUAGAAACUUUUUUUUUUUUUUCUUUUUUGAAAAACAUGUAUGGUUUUAUCCCAGUGUUAGUUUAAUGACGGGAACGUAAGCUGUUCCAGUGCCAGUUUGUGCACAUCACAAACACAGACGGUAGUUUUCUAGAAAUGUGGUAUUUUAAAAAAAUGUAAAAUUGAUAACGGAGGACAUUGUAUGCUUCACUCUCUGCCAUGCAAGAUUUGGUGAGCCAAUUUUAUUAUAAGGUAUGAUACAGUCCUAGACUGUUCUGUAAUGUAAAAAAGAAAGAGUAGAUUGUUUCUGAUGUAAGUAAGAUGUGGUGAGUUAUGAUUGUUGAAUACUCGGGACAUUGUUGUUUUUUUUUUCCUGUUAAACUUUCUUUGAGAUUAUGUUUCAAUAUGCUGUGAACUCGAGAGUAAUUUGAAUAAGCAGAUUGGAUUUAUAUCCUAACGUGAAUGCUAUAGUACAAAGCUGUUUAAAUGAAGUCGAAUAAAGCAUUUGAGGCAAUUGUUAUCUGCUGCAGAAUAUAAAUUGAAUUUUCUUAUAAUUCCAUUCAGUCCAAAGAAUCAUUGUUGUGCUCUUUCACAUUCAACCCGAUGCAUUUGAGAAUGCUUAAGUAGAUUUAUUAUGGGCUUUGAAGAGAAGUACUUGCCAAGAUAUCUAGUCUCGAAUUUUACGAAGCAUGAUGUAGUGUAUUUUCAGAUAAAAUUUGCAUUUCACCAGAAACUGUGCUCGGCGCUCCUUAGGAAUUGUAACUACAUUGGUGCAGGUUUUCCAUAAAUGGCAUUUUGCUUGGGAAGUAAAAUAUUUAUUUUCGUA